AUGCACCCUCUGAUUCCAGUGCCCAGCGGUCGUCUUCGAAAAGGAUUUACCUCGUCGUCAUCGUUGGCAAAGUCUAGCGGCAAUGCAAGCAUAAAACACGUCUCUCUCGACGAUUCUGCCCUAGGCGUGCACAAGGUCUUCAAUCGUACUUCUCAUAACGUCGUCUCACCUCCAGCAUCUUCCCAUCCCAUCCCUGAUGACGGCGAACACCCAGAACAGGCCUGGGAAGCUGUAUAUCCGCGUGGGAGCAUCAACCCCUCGGCUCCGGUUGUAGGUGGCUUCGGUUUCUACGUCGCUGGCCCGGCGGGAUUCCUAGACGGAGCAGUGAAUGAAACAAUCAUGAGCUAUCGAGUCAUGUUCGAACCAGGAUGGCAAUGGGCUAAAGGGGGGAAGCUUCCUGGUGUCUUUGGCGGUGUAGGCGACGCGUCCUAUCGGUGUAGCGGCGGUCGACAGAACGACAGAUGCCAAUGUUUCGAUGCAAGGCUUAUGUGGAGGUCCAAUGGCGCUGGGGAAAUUUACACUUAUUUCCCGCUGACAGAGAGCAAUGAAGCAGCGCUUUUACGCGUCCCUGGGUCUAGGAAGAACGCCGAUUAUGGAAUCUCCGUAGGGCGAGGUGCGUUUACCUGGCCUGUGGGAAGAUGGGUUGACGUCGCGCUCCGAAUCAAAUUGAAUGAUAUGGACAAGGAGGACGGCGAGCUUGAACUCUACAUUGAUGGUAAAACUGUCAUCUCCGUUCACGGGCUGACUAUGAGAAUGUCGAAUGAUUCGAAAAUCAAAGGAAUGCAUUUCCAAACAUUCUUUGGAGGGCAUACGGAAGACUGGGCUUCCCCAAAAGAUCAGAAGGCAUGGUUUGGCGAUGUUACGGGAGUGGUUCUCGGUUAGUGUUUGUGACUAUCAUUAUUGAUGUUGGGACUUUGCACUGUUGUACUCUUAGAUCCAGAAAAUUUGAUCCCCUUUCAGGCAUUUCAUCUAUUCGGAGAUGUGAGGGUUCUUCCCUACUGAGCCAUCGUAUAACAGCGACCUUGCCUUGUCAUAAUCGCACAAAGGGAAUAUCGAUGACUGCAUACAUGGUUUUCAAUAGUCAUAAUAUGGCCAAGAGGAACCGCCCACGAAGAUCCGUGAUAACGGCCAGGUCCGAUCUGCUUUGCUUCUUUUUGCAUUCUCAUAGGGCCUCUGUAUCUCAUGCGGAUACCUACACUGUCUUCAUGAUGGACACCGCGUUACAUUCGUGUACAUCGGUUUUUAAAGACCAAUACCGGGGGGAAUCUAAUCAUGG